CUUCGUUUUUAUGGAAGUUUGUGUAGAUCUUUUUUACCUGUAGGAAAGAUGGUUUUUGAGCUAUUCAAAGAUGAUGCCCCUGCCUCCGUAGAAAAUUUCUGUGCACUAUGCACUGGAGAAAAGGGAACUCGGGAGCAAGGUUGUAUUCGUUUUCCCCUACACUACAAGGAUUCUACCUCUUAUCACUUUGGGAAAGGCGGCUCCUAUGUGAAGGGGGUGAUUUCUGCCAUUCAUACGCCGUACAUGGAUAAAGUAUUUAUGGUGCAAAUUCCCAAGUGAGAAUGCCAUUCAUGCUUUUAAGUUCU